AUGGCGCUGUCAGCAGACCUUGGCCAGCGCAUGAGACAUACACGGGUGUUCUUCGCUAAUAAUCUUGAAGCGAGUGUGCGCGAAGCGGUGUUGGACAAAGUACCGCAUGCACAAGAAAAAAACCACGAAAAGAGCGAUAUCCUGAUGCUGCGCGAAUUGGCAGAAAGGCUUAUGGAGGCCAUUCGAGAGGCGGAAGGAGAUGUAGGUGAAGAAAGCGCCAUUGGUGAAAAAGACGAGAUCGCUGCUGAAGCCGAGAGGGUAUUUUAUGAGGCGCUGAGGGUACGACGGGUUGAUACUAGGGAAGAUAAUAUACUGUUAACUUACGAAAAAAAUUGUGUUGCUAUGCCCCUCCACUGUAUGUACGGUGGAGUCGAGAAGAGCAGGGAAACAGAGAUGGUGUUUGAUAUGGUGUCCUACGAGGCAGUUGUCAAAUUGCGCUGGGUGAAACCUAUGCGGUGUAUAACCCCUUCAGCAUGUAUAUAUGACCCCUUCCCCGGGCCAUGGACGAUGAGCUCAACAGUACAAAUGAAGAGCCAAGUGUACAUCGAUCGCUUGGCCAUAUCGUUCUUUACCCAGGCUUGCCUUAAGUGGGUGACCAAUUGGUCGUUCACGUGUGCACCUACGUAUGGUCUAGCGGAGGGUAUUCUUAAGGAUUAUCCAAAUCUGAACAUGUCUCCGCAUCGUCGGGCGUCAAGUUGA